UAGCUCUCCUGUCCUGUGUGAGCUUUCUCAGUCAGUGAGCAGCGUGAGAAAAGUUCAACCGGGAACCUUUACCACACAUACCGACCACGUACUAAAAGAACGGUACGAGGACUUUGUAGAUAUCUUUCAGCUUGACCUUCCCACCUAUGCACUUUCAAUCUUCUUCUUCCUAACUUCCUGCAAAAGCCUCAGCUCCUUGACUCAACUCCUCCAUGGAUGCUGCAACUUAAGAGUUCGAAGCUUGUACCUUCCAUCUUCCUUUCCCUACAGGUCCGGAUGCUAAUGGAGUUGAGUGGAUUUUUGAUGAAAUUGACAGACAUCAUAGGAAACUAGUGAAACUUGGAACAUCCAUCUUAAUGUUACCAGCAACUAAAAAUGAAUACAAUGGAUUUCAAUAUCGGAAUCGAGGAUGUAGGAGUGGCAGUGCUGCAGGAAUUAUGGAAUAAGGUUGCAAUUCAAGCCACAGGGCUUGUCAACGAAACGAAGGAUCUGUUGUUUGAAAAGGACAGCUUUCUGGAGUUCUCCAGGAGUAUAUCUGAGCUAAAUAUUCUCCUCGACAAGUUGAAUGCCCGGAAGGUUGAAAAUGCGCUGGGUUUGGAGUCCACAAAGGCUAAACUGACCACAUUGAACCGUCAGUUGAAAAAAGCAAGCAAGAUAAUCAAGGAUUACAAAUGUGGAAGCCGCCUACGUCUCUUGCUUAAAUCCCACUCAAUGCUCUUGCAGAUGCAGGAUGUAGCCAAAGAUAUUGCUAAUACCAUCUCCUCAUUUCAGCUGGUCAAUCUUGAUAUCGCGCUGCACUUGAAUUCGAUGACUAACCAGAUCAUCAACAAUCUGGAAUCAAUGGAGUUCAGGUCAGCAGCUGCAACAGAAUCAAUUGCUUCAGAGAUGGAGAAUUCGAUGUCACAAAAUGCUACAAAUAGGGAGAAUGCUCAAAAGCUUUUGGAGAAGAUUGCAGAUGCCCUUGGUGCUAGGGCGAAUGCAUCCUUGGUACAAAAUGAGCUGCAACUUUUGAAGCAAGAGAAAGAAGAGAUGGAAGCGCAAAAGAAGCAGGCAGAGGCACUUCAGCUAUCGCAACUGAUUGACUUCCUCUACACUACAGAAGUUGUUACUAGACCAGAUGACGAGGGAACCUCUACUUACCACCAGCAGUACCCAAUUGGUUCGUUCAUAUGCGAACUUUGCAACAAGAUGAUGACAGACCCCGUAGCAAUUAUUUGCGGUCACAGCUUUGAGAGGAAGGCAAUUCAGGAACACUUUCGACGUGGAGAGAAGAACUGCCCCACCUGCAGACAGGAACUUUCAUCUCUAGAGCUCACGCCUAACCUUUUGCUUCGAAACUCUAUAGAAGAAUGGAAUCAAAGAGACCAGGACCUGAAAUUCCAAGCUGCAGUUCAUGGACUAAAAUCCAUUGACCACUCGAGACAGGACACGGCUUUAGAGGACAUGCAAUUUCUUUUAAAAAUGCCAAGAUAUGUAACCAAAGCUGCAGAGGAAGGACUUGCAACAAAGCUGGUGGUAAUCUUAAAAGAUGAAGGGGUAAAUGCUGUGGCAGCAUUAAAAUGUCUCUACUAUUUAGCUAAACACAACGAUGAACAAAAGGAAACCAUUGUCAAAGCAGGGGGCAUUCGGAGAAUUGUGAAGCAUAUCUACAAAGGUGGAAGCAAACAUGAUGCCGUUGCAGUCUUGUUGGAGUUGUCAGCAAAGGAAACCCUUGGGGAGAAAAUAGGAAAUGCAAAAGAUUGCAUUCCUCUUCUCGUUUCUUUACUCCAUAAAGAUAACACUGAAGUGUCACAGAAAUCUCAUAAGGUAUUGCAGAACCUCUCCUUGAACACACAUUUUGUUGUCAAGAUGGCUGAAGCAGGACACCUUCAACCUUUCGUUGCUCGCUUCAAUGAAGCACCACAGGAGACCAGAACAUUGAUGGCUGCAGCCUUGACGAAUAUGCAACUCAAGGAGAAUAGUGUUGAAGACUUAAAGGAGCCGCAAUUUAUACAGAAUUUGGUUCAGAUGCUGUCUUCAAGCUCUCCGGCAUGCAAAUCAGCUUGCCUUAAAUCCAUCAAGAAACUCGUAGCAUAUCCCAGGAUCGUAAAACGACUUCUUAAAGACCCUGCCACUAUACCACAUUUGCUUGGUCUCAUCUCAUUUAACAAGUCUGAUCCACACUUGAAACAAGAAGCAGCUGAGAUUCUUGCUAACAUGAUUGGAGCGAGUCAACAAUUUGAACAACUAAAAUAUCAGGGCUUGGAGGAGCUGCAAUCGAAGUACAAUGUCUGUGUACUAUUGCAGCUUGUAACCAGCUCUGAAGAUCAAACCAGGAUUCAAUUCUUGCACCUACUGGUUGAACUAAGCUAUAAAUCAGAGAUAGCUCGAGAUAUAAUACGAUCUGAACAGGAGGCAACUGCUCACCUUUUCUCUUCCCUUUAUAGCGAUCAUCCUGCGCCUGCAGUGAGAAGAUGGGCAAUGAAACUUAUAUAUUGCAUAUCCAAGGGUCAUCCAGAUGGGGUUCCCCUUCCACCAUCUCCUGCAAAAGAAACUGCCAUUAACACCCUGUCAAUGAUCUUCAUUAAUUCACCGGAUAUUGAAGAAAGGUCAACUGCGGCAGGAAUUAUCAGCCAGCUUCCCAGGGACGAUAGUAGUAUUGAUGAGAUACUCCGAAAAUCAGAAGUGCUAAAAGCCAUUCAUGAGGUAAUUUGCAGCAUGGAUGAGGAAAAUUGGGGGAACAGAGCACAAUCCAACCAAGGCACAUCUCUACUGGAGAAUGCUCUAGCAGCCCUUUUGCGCUACACAGAACCCAACAAGCCCGAACUUCAGAAACAAUUGGGCAGGCUUGAAGUGUACCCAUCACUAGUUCGUGUUCUAACCCGUGGCAGCUCACUAGCUAAGCAGAGAACAGCCAUUGCACUUGCCCAACUUUCCCAGUCUGCCAGCCUGUCAGUCUCCAAUGAAACCAUCAAGCAAACCAAGCACCCUGUGCCCCUCUUUGAUUUGAUGAAGAAUGUUUCCAUUAUGUUGUGCUUUUCGGCAUCAUCAGAGAAUGAAAACUCCUGUCCUGUUCAUGGUGCUGCUUGUUCACCAAGAGAUACCUUCUGCCUGGUUAAGGCAAAUGCUGUGAGCCCGCUUGUGCGCACUUUGAGUGAGACGGAGUCUGGUGUGGCAGAGGCAGCUCUGACGGCACUUGAAACAUUGCUAAUUGACCACAGCACACUAACAGAUGCAACUGCUGCCAUUGUGGACAACCAGGGUGUGGUUGCCAUUCUGCAACUCUUGGACAAAGGAUCUUCAUCUGCAAAAACCAAAGCCUUAGACCUGUUUCAGAAGAUCCUGGAGCAUACAACUAUCGCUGAGACGUUAAAGAAGAGGUUUGAGAAUAUCCUUGUCCAACUUCUCCAGGACGAUGAACUAAAGAAAAAAGCAGCUUUGGUACUUAGGCAGAUGGGAAUCAUCCCCGAUCAAUCCUCAUACUUCUAAAAGUGUUUGAGGCACAUUUGGUGCUUAGGAAUGGAUUGGAUUUGUUAACUCGCUACAUUCAAGGUACGUUGAAGAAAGAUCAGAUGCCAACUUCCAGAUUUUGUCGAGACUAAAAGUGGAAGAUGGAUUAGUCAUCAAGGAAACUCAGGAUAAGUUAUAUUCCAGACUAGUCCAUCUUCCACCAUUAACUUCGACAAAGUUUGGAAGUUAAGAGGAUUAGUUAUUUUCCAGACUAGUUCAUCUUCCACCAUUAUCUUCGAAAAAGCUUGGAAGUUGACCUUUACUUCUUCCUUCAACAUCCCUUGAAUUUAGUGAGAUAUCCAAUCAAAUUCAAUCCGAGUCACCAAAUGGGACCUUAAUUAGGAGCAGAUACCUGAUGCAUAAUAUUUGUAGAUGUGUUCCAUUUACCAUUUUUGUAAUUGCACCACAACACAUGCGUUGUGAAAGAAAUAUAUGUGACAUGCUCUGUUCAGGUUACUAGAUGAUAGAUAUACACUUUGUCACUUUUUCCCCUGUCA